AGCAUGAACGAAGAAUGGCAAUUAUUCCGAAACACUCUACGAGAGAUUUACGUCCAACUUGGAAGCUUCUGUAACGUCACAAUGCUCAAUGAAAAGAUGUAUUCAGGAUAUCUUUACACUGUCGACCCAGAAACACGUACUGUACUUAUUCUUCAACAACAGCGUUAUCACCAGGAGCGUUCCCAAGAGCGGCAGCCCUCCAUUCCUUCAAAUGAGCGAAGCGUAUUGGGUAGUGUUUGGACUAUGGUGGCGGUACGAAUGCAUGCUAUGAAGGACUUGGAAUUUCAAGAUAAUAAAGGACUUGGUCGUCUAACUUUGGAAGAGAUGGAUUCCAUUGCCCAUAUUUCACGCAAACUCUACGAUCCUGCAGAUAUUCAGUCUCGCAAGAACAGACUGGUAGCCAUGCUACGUACAAAGUGCAUUCCGGUCGAGAGCACAGCCGACGACAAGGUUAUACAUAUUAUGAAUAGUGUCCAUGUACACCCGCCAUAUGUGUCCGAGUCGAUCGAGUGUGCGAAUGAUGUGAUCCGUGAACGAGUCAAAGGCAUGAUACUGCGAUUGCAAGAAACUUGAAUACGCAAGCGUUACGAUCAGACAAUAGAACAACUUAAUAAAUGAUGGAGCAAAAUC